AUGGACUUUGCUAACCUGCCCACAGACGUCCUGCUCACCAUCUUCAAGCAGUGCAACCAGGCCGAUCAAGCCAGAGGAAAGCGCCUAAACAAGCGACUCCAUGGCGUGCUGAACUCACGAUGCGCCCCAAAGCCUUCCGCUGAGGAACUGAGAUACUCAGUCGUAGAUUUGGAAGUACGCCGUGCUCCUCUAGGGCGACCGGUCUUCAAAAGGAGCAAGGAUACCAGACGUCUGGUUACGGUGCAUCUCAACUCUCGGUUGGCUUUUGAAGGGGCCGGCAUCUCAUUCGAUAAACGCCUCUUUUCGAUGUUGCUGGCACAUGAUUUAAAGCGAGUCGACACGAUCCACUUUACGCUUUGCCACGUCUACUGGAGUGCGCGGGAGUUGGCUGAAAUUUUGGGGAGGACGUCGUUGAAGAGGCUGAAUUUUGAGUUCUGCCUGAUGAGCACGGGAUUGUUGUCGGAUGAGGCGUUUGCCCAGCUCGAGCAGCUUGAAUCCUUAACCAUCCAACCCCGUGGCCACCACCUUAUGCCCGAAUUGACUGGUAGAAGCCUCAAAAACUGGCUGAACCACACGCCCAAGCACGUCCAAUUGGCUGACCUCAUCACUGGAAUUCGGAUACGAGAUAUCGUCAAUUUUCUGCAGAAAAUCCCCACCGAGACGCCGUUCGACUGGGAUCUCGGCACAGUCCAGGCUGAUGAUGCUUCAAGCUCUGAUCUAGCGAGACUGUUGAUGCUGCCAAAUUUUUCGAUUCUUGUUGAUGAUCGCGAGUUUGGCCGUCGGAUCGUCGUGGAGAAGCCGUCGAGCCCCACUUGGGCAAAUGUCACCCCACUCCAGAUCAUGCGGUUUUCGAUUUGCGCUGUUCAAUCACCCAACAAAUCA